AUGACUACUACACAUCUUCCCUCGAACCCCGAGAACUACUAUGACUUUGUCAUUGUCGGCGGUGGCACUGCAGGAUGUGUUAUCGCCAGUCGUCUCUCCGACUACCUUCCUAACAAGAAGGUCCUGCUGAUCGAGGCCGGUCCCUCGGACUUCAUGGACAACAGAGUCUUGCUUCUCAAGGAUUGGUUGAACCUCCUUGGUGGUGAGCUCGACUACGACUACGGCACCACCGAGCAGCCCAUGGGUAACUCGCACAUCCGCCACUCCCGUGCAAAGGUUCUCGGUGGCUGCUCUUCGCAUAACACCCUCAUCUCCUUCCGUCCCUUCAAGUACGACUGCGAGCGCUGGGAGGCUCAGGGCUGCAAGGGAUGGUCUUUCAAGACCUUCAUGCGUCUGUUGGACAACAUCAGAAACUCGACCCAGCCCGUCCACGAGAGACACCGCAACCAGCUCUGCAUCGACUGGAUCGAUUCGUGCUCCACCGCCAUGAACAUUCCCAUCAUCCACGAUUUCAACAAGGAGAUCAAGUCCAAGGGUCAACUGACCCAGGGUGUUGGUUUCUUCUCCGUCUCGUACAACCCCGACAACGGCCACAGAAGCAGUGCUUCCGUUGCCUACCUCCACCCCAUCCUCCGUGGUGACGAGAAGAGACCCAACUUGACUGUUCUGACCAACGCGUGGGUCAGCAAGGUCAACGUCAAGGGCGACAAGGUCACCGGUAUCAAUGUCGCUCUCCAGGACGGCUCCAAGUACACUCUCAACUCAAAGGCCGAGACCAUUCUCUGUGCCGGUGCCGUUGACACCCCCCGUCUCAUGCUUCUGUCCGGUCUUGGACCCAAGCAGCAGCUCGAGGAGCUCAACAUCCCCGUCGUCAAGGACAUCCCCGGUGUUGGCGAGAACUUGCUCGAUCACCCCGAGACCAUCAUCAUGUGGGAGUUGAACAAGCCCGUUCCCGCCAACCAGACCACCAUGGACUCUGACGCUGGUAUCUUCCUCCGUCGCGAGGCCCCCGAUGCCCACAACGGCGACGGUGAAGCCGCAGACAUCAUGAUGCACUGCUACCAGAUCCCCUUCUGCCUCAACACCUCUCGUCUCGGUUACGACACCCCCAUCGAUGCAUUCUGCAUGACCCCCAACAUUCCCCGUCCCCGCUCCCGCGGCCGCCUCUUCCUCACCUCUGCCGACCCCACUGUAAAGCCCGCCCUCGACUUCCGCUACUUCACCGACCCCGAAGGCUACGACGCCGCCACCAUCGUCGCCGGCUUCAAAGCCGCCCGUAAAAUCGCAACACAAGCCCCCUUCUCCGACUGGAUCAAGAGAGAGGUUGCUCCCGGACCCAAGUGCACCACCGAUGAGCAGCUUUCCGAGUACGGAAGACGCGCUGCUCAUACUGUCUACCACCCUGCUGGUACCACAAAGAUGGGCGAUGUCAGCAAGGACGAAUUUGCCGUCGUGGAUCAUGAGCUCAAGGUCAAGGGUCUCAAGGGUGUCAGAAUCGCGGAUGCCGGUGUUUUCCCCGAGAUGCCUACCAUCAACCCUAUGUUGACCGUUCUCGCCAUUGGUGAGCGUGCUGCCGAGAUGAUCGCAGAGGCUCACGGCUGGAAGGGUAACGAGAGACUGAAGCUGUAA